GCUGCUGCUACGGCGGCUUCUGUCGGAUCUGUCCGUUAUGUCGAUCCAUUUGUCGACAUUCCUCUUUCUAAUGUCCGUGCUACAAUCGCGAAAAGGUUAACUCAGUCCAAGCAAACCAUUCCGCAUGAAUAUCAAUCCGCCGACAUUCGAGCGGAUGCGAUCCUAGCCAUUCAAGCAGACUUACGUGCAAAAGAUGUAGCCGUUUCAAUUAAUGACUUUAUCGUCAAAGCAGCAGCUCUAGCACUUAGGGCUGUUCCUGAGGUAAAUGUUCGCUACUCACCUGAGUCCCAGCAGGUGCAAUACCUUCCCACUGUCGACAUCUCCAUUGCUGUUGCCACUCCGAACGGCCUUAUCACUCCGAUAGUCUUUUCAGCUGAUAUCAUGGGAGUUCAAGACAUAUCGGCUAGGAUUAGGGUACGUUUACUUGACCAGUGCUCUUUCAACAUGACUACCAAAUCUUUAUCCGUAUUGUGCAUAAAAUCCUAACU